ACGUCGGAGGGGAAUCUUUUAAGAAUUGCCUUCUUCACGUUGACUAUAUUGGCUGGCUUGUUAUGAAGAAUUGAAAGGAUAUUUAUCAGCAUUUCAAAGUUCAUUACAACCACAUCUACAAACUCAUAUUUUUCUUCAGCUCUCUUAUCUGUACGAACGGUUACCUGAUUCUCUGAUUAUGGCUGAAGCACUUGUUUCCGGUGUCUUACAGCAGUUGACUGCAGUUGCUGGUGAAGGCAUACAACAGAAGGUGAGGCUAGUUGUUGGUGUUGACGAAGAAGUUAAAAAGCUGAGUAGCAAUCUUGAAGCUAUUCAAGCUGUGUUCGUUGAUGCAGAGGCAAGGCAGGUGACAGAGACAGCUGUAAGACGUUGGUUAGGUCAGCUCAAACAGGCUUCCUAUGACAUUGAAGAUGUGUUGGAUGAGUGGAACUACGCCAUUCUAAAACAAAAACUAGAGGGAGUUGAAGAUGCUACCGGUCCUAAGAAGAAGGUGUGUUUCUUCUUUCCCUCGUAUUGCUUUUCAUUCAAACAAGUUAGUUUACGUAAUGACAUUGCAAUCAAGAUAAAAGAAGUUAAUGAAAAUCUAGAUGUCAUUAUGAAACAAAAAGAGAGGUAUAGUUUUAAUACUAUCACAAAGGUCGAAAGGCCAGAACAUGUACAAACGACUUUAUUUAUUGAUGUGUCUGAGGAGAUGUGUGGUCAAGAUGCCUGUAAAAGCAUUUUAAUAGAUAAAUUAUGUGCAAGCACUAAACAACGCCUCCCUAUCAUCUCUCUUAUAGGCAUGGGAGGUAUCGGAAAAACAACUCUUGCUCAAUUUGCCUAUAAUGAUGAUAUAUUGAUUAAUAGUUUUUGAUAAAAGAAUAUGGAUAUGUGUAUCAGAACCUUUUGAUGAAUAUAGAAUUGCUAAAGCAAUUAUUGAGGCUUUAGAAGGUUCUACUUUGAAUUUAAAUGAAUUGCAAUCACUUCAUGAACAUAUUAGUACAUCAAUUCAAAGGAAGAAAUUGUUUUUGGUGUUAGAUGACGUGUGGAAUGAGGAUUUCAAAAAAUGGGAACCAUUAUAUCGUUGUUUGAAGAAUGGUGUCCAUGGAAGUAAAAUUUUGAUUACAACACGCAAGGAGUCAGUUGCAAAAAUCAUGGGUUUGAUGGAUAUUAUCAAUGUUCAGGGGCUGAGUGAUGAUGAGUGUUGGUUGUUGUUUAAACGAAUAGCAUUUUUUGGUAGGCCUCUUGAGGAAUGUGAAAGACUAGAAGAGAUUGGCAAAAAGAUUGCAAGCAAGUGCAAGGGUUUGCCUCUUGCUACAAAGACUUUAGGAAGUCUCUUGUGCUUUAAAAAACGUUGGGAAGAGUGGAAAUGUAUCUUAGAUAGUAAAUUAUGGAAACUUGAAGAAAUCAAAGAAGAUGUUUUCCGACCAUUAUUAUUGAGUUAUAAUGAUUUGCCUUGUAUAAUAAAAAAAUGUUUCGCAUAUUGUGCUAUCUUUCCUAAGGAUUAUAGAUUAGAAAAAGAUGAAUUGAUUAAACUAUGGAUGGCUCAAGGAUAUGUUAAAGAAUAAGAAAAUAAGACAAUGGAGAUAGUUGGUGAAGAGUAUUUUGAUUAUUUAGCUUCACGAUCAUUGUUCCAAGAGUUUAAACUAGAUGAUUAAAAUAAUGUGAUUGGAUGUAAGAUGCAUGAUUUAGUGCAUGACUUUGCUCAAUUCUUAAAUAAGAAAAUGAAUGUGUCCAUAUAGAAGUUGAUGGUUCUAAGGAGCUACUCAUAAGCUCUUUUAAUCAUGAGAAAGUUUGUCACGUGAUGAUAACAAUUUGUAGUGAAGGUUUAUUUCCUGAUUCCAUAUUUAGUUUUAAAAGGAUGUACAGUUUCUUAUAUAAUAAUAAAGAUUCAGUGCCUCCUAAUAUGCUACCAAAAUUAUUUGGUGAAUUGACGUGUUUAAGGGCAUUAAGUAUAAGCAAAGGAUGGCAAUAUAAUGAAAGUCUGAUCAAAGACAUUCCUAAAGAGGUAGGAAAAUUAAUACAUUUGAGAUAUCUCAAUUUGAGGGGCUCAAGAAUGAUAAAACUUCCUGAAGCAUUAUGUGAAUUAUAUAAUUUGCAAACUUUAGACAUUACUAGAUGUGAUCAAUUGGAAGAAUUACCUCAAGGAAUGGAAAAAUUAAUAAACCUAAGGCAUCUACAAAAUUAUGGGACUUGGUCAUUAAGAUACAUGCCAAUAGGAAUUCAAAGAUUGAGUAAUCUCCGAACUUUAAGUAAUUUCGUGGUGAGUGAUGGCAAUGAUGAGAAAGCAUGUAGUCUUGAAGGUUUGAAAUACCUUAACCUCUAUGGAAAGUUGUACAUAGGAAUGUUGGGAAAUGUAUCAAGUGGGGAAAAGGUCAAAAAAUCAGAAAUAAAGAACCAGAAAAGCCUCUUUGGUUUGACGCUAGAUUUCGAAAAAAAUGUUGAUGGAAGAGAGAGGAGAAAUGAGGAGGAUGAAGCACUUCUUGACAUCCUACAACCAUCUUUAAAUUUGGAGAAAUUAAACAUAUUGACUUACAGAGGCAACAGUAAUUUGCCCAACUGGAUGAUGUCCUUAACCAAGCUCAGACACUUAACUCUUAAUUGUUGCAGUAACUAUAAGCAUUUGCCACCCUUGGGAGAAUUGCCAUCCCUUGAACAUUUAGAUAUCAAUUUUAUGAACGGUUUGAAAAGUGUGAGUAAUGAAUUUUUGAGAAAAGAAACUGACGGUACAUCUUCCUGCUCUGUUUUCUUCCCCAAACUGAAAAGAAUUAUAUUUUGGUGGUUGUCUGAGUGGGAAGAGUGGGAUUACAAUGUUACUAGAGUUGGAGAAGAAGAUAUUACAAUCAUGCCAUCUCUUAUUUUCUUGAAUAUUGAGAACUGCCCCAAAUUAAAGACACUACCAAAGCAGCUUGUUCAGAAUAAUGAAUUGGAAAAGUCUAUCUAUGGUUGUCCUCUGCUAGGCUACCCUUGAAGGUGUUAAUAAGAGGAAAUUCCAUUUGAGAUAUUCAGGUGGCAACCAGAGCCAGAGAGAAUGGUGCAACCAUUUAUAUUUUAAUGUAUGAGCAAGUAGCAGCACAUUACAAGUAAUUUUAUUUAGUUUAUUUCUUUAAAAUAAAUGUAUCUGUGAUUCAAUAUUUAUUUAUUUAUAUAUUUAUAUAUUUAUAUUUUUACUGAUCUCUAUGUCUUCUCUUUGUUUUUCAUGUUUAACCUAGAAAGAACAUUGGAACAUUAUUACAUGUUCUGUAUAUUCUUUCAUUUUUAUUCAGAACUGAAUUCUCUUACUGUUGGUUGCUCUUGUAUCAGGGGGUUUCUCAAAUUACUGUUGGUCAGAUUUUUUCAGUCUCUGCAUAAAAAAUAUUAAUUUUUUUUAUUCUCUGCGUAUUAAUUAUUAAAUAUUAAUGAAUGUAUAAUAAAUUCAGAAAAGAAGCGAUGAAUUAAACACACUAUUUAUUAAUUCUGCAAAAGAGUUUAGGGGGAAAAAAAAAAAAACACUCAUAUAUUAGACACUAUUUCUUUCAUUGUUCUUGACAAGAUUAGACUAGGGUUGCAAUUGAGUUGAGCUGAGUAAUUUUGGACUCGGAUCGAGAUAAGAAUAUAUGACAUGAGCUUGCUUGAGAAAUUGCAAUCUGUAGAUUAUAUAUUUAUCAAUUGCCCUUCAUAUUCAAAGUAGGGGCAAAUGAAUAUUAAAAAUGUUGUGAAGUAUUUUCUAGGCUAUUUAGAUUAGUUAGAAAAACAGAGCAUUUUCCAAAACCAAAGUGUGAAACUCUGAAAUUUUUAUGAUGGCCAACCUAGUUUUCAAAUAUAUCAGACUUUUUAAGAUAUUGCAACAAGGCAGCUGCUAGGACCAAAGUCUACAUAACGAAGAAGGGGAGAAAAAGAGCCGAAGGAAGGCUACUUGGCAGCAAACUGGGGAAAACACCUGGCAACUAAAGAGAAGAAACAGAUGUCAAGCAGCAUUUGAGGCAACAGACUGUAAAGCAAAGAGCAGAGGUGCAGGCACCAAAGGAUGAUACAGCACAGGCACAACAGGAGCAGGGGACCCCCAGAAUGUACAAGAUUGAUGAGUUGACAAGCUGGGAUUGGUGCAACAGGGAGGCGGAAAAGAGUGAUAUAGGCCUGGAGGAAAGUGGAGAAGAGUGGAGAAUAUUUUACAGAAAAUGAGUGGGCAGCUCCGGCUGAGAAGGAGAGUACCUAGCCUCUCGAAUGCUAGGAAUUUCCGGGAGAGAUUCGGCCUCUCGAAUUGCCGAAACUUGAAAUGUUUUACUUUUGCUUUCUAUUAAUGCAGUGUUUUGUGCUAUGGAAGAGAGAAGGGAUAAAUGCAGAAAAGUACUCAAGAGGCAAUAAUCUAAGGCUUCUUUUCUUAAGUACUGAGGCAAGUUACCUUUGUUAAGACAUUUUUUCUCUUUGAAAUUGCUGAAACCAUGCCUCAAUUUCCCUUGGCUCAACUUUGUAUCGUGCGGAAUGGCUUGACAGGCCCAGGAAAAUAGUCUCACUGUGUCAUUUUGCAUCAAGGAAGACAGGAAAAAUGGCAUGAGUAGAGUAGUUAAUUGCAUGUUUUCUUACUAUUUAAUUUAAUUUUUUUGUACGUGAUACUAUUAUUUCCUUAAUAUGCAGAACGAAUGUUCUAGUCAAGCCCUUAAUUAAGAAAAUUUAUACAUUCUGUAAUUAAUGGGGUAACUAAUCGGCAGAAUAAGUACUCUAAGAAAAAGCACAGGAGUUAAAUUUGAAAGACAUGAGAAUAUGUUUAAUGUGAUAUUUUCUAUGCCAUUUUUUUCCUUCUAAGGCAUGCAAAUUUGUAUUGAAUCACUGCUUCAAAUUUUGACCUUAGAACAAAUCUGAAAGAGGAGCAUAAAUGUUGGAGAUUAUAUCCUCAAAAUGAUUGAAAUGCUCAUGCAUGUGGGAGCUUCUCCAAUUACAAUGAAUUCUCUCUGUGAAAUCCUUUGAUGACUUAUUAUGAUAGUUUUGAUGCUAACAGGCAGGUAGAAGAUGCCAUGAAUUUGCUGAAGAAUCAAAGUUGAAAUAUGAUACAAUUUUUAAGAAAUUUUGCAGAUUGAGAGUUUGUGUAUGGAAAUGCAGAACCAGUUUAUCUUAUUAAUGGAAGAAGAAACUUCGUUGACACACUUGUCAGUAAAAAGAUAAUCUUCCAGAUGAAACAAAAGAUCAAUCCCGUUCUUAACACUUUCGUGGUAAUUGAAACAGGGAAUUUUCCAAACUAAACUUGGGAAACUUUGAAGGGAGGAAGAAUGGGUUUUGGAAGUAGUUGAAAGAGCUCAUUUAAUGGCCAUGCCAAUGGAGGACCGAAUUACAUCAUGCACUGAAGAAAACUUGAUUCAGGCACUUGUAAGCAAAAUUAAAAUGUACAAGAUGAAACAAUUGGUCAAAUCCUGGUCUUUACAUCUGCUUGGUUUGCAAAUAACGCCUAUCCAAAAUAUUAGGAGUCUGAUCCUAACAGAAGAUUCGCAAAAGGAGUUGGACCACAAACAAAUUCAUUAUCAAACGCGGCAGACAAAUUGCAAAAUAAAAUUGAUAAAGUUGAAAAUUUAUUAUCACAAACUGAAUUUUCAACGACCUGCCUGUACGGCAUCCCCGUUGGGCUGUCUCGAGAAUCAGCCAUGUAUGCGCCCACAUAUUGGCUUAGGGCACUGGUUUCAUCCUACCUUAGACUCAUCAGGAGAGCGGCUCUAAGUCCUGACCAGUUUGUGCAGGGUUGGUAUAGUCUCCUUUUCAAUGCACUACCACAACAAUAUUGUACACGCCCUGUGGUUAGAGCAUUCCCAAUUAUAGAUAUUGCAUCCGCGAACCCAAUGACCAUGUACACUCACUCUUAAAUGCCUCAUCACUUGUAGUUGUCCAAAGCUCUGUCAUGACUCCCAACCUGAGCCCCUGACAAACUCUCCCACUCAAAAUGAAGCAAGCCCUCGUGCUCCACUCAGCUCGCAAAAUACCCCUAAUCCUCCAUUGGCUACAUUGAAUGACCACGCAAUGAUUGUCCCCCAUUUUGGCUAAAGGGACACCCAACCUCCUGUCAAGCACAACAUACCUCGUCAUGUCAAUUUCCACAUGACACCCCGGAAGACCCCCAUCCUCCACCUGGUGCACCCCCUUGCUAUGACAUGAUGUAUUCUUGGCAUUUGCUUCUUAACUCUUGGAUUUUCACAUGCCCCACGCAAAAUGUCAGUCUCUUGCCGCCUGCAGUUGCUUGGAGGGGUCUCUUUUUACUACCACAACAUUGGCUAUGGUUUGGCUCUGAUACCAAAUGUCACAAGUUGAAUUUUCACUGACCUGCCUAUGCAGCAUCCCUGAUGGGCCGUCUUGGGGAUUAGUCUUGCAUUUGCCUCCCAAAUGCUGGAUGUAGGAAGAUAUUUUUCGUAUUGUUUUAUUAAGAUGGAAAAAUGAUUUUGUAAUGCAUUGUGAACUAAGUUGUAUUGAGAUUAUCUUCAAACAAUACACCAGUAGUGCAUCUUUUGUUUAAA